AGUCGGUAGUGGAGUGGUGGUAAAACAACAGCAGUAGGCCAGUAGGCCGCUAGACCCCGAGCAUGAGGCAUGUCCUCAUAUACUUGGCUUCUGUUAUAGCCCUCGCGAACGUUCAGGAGUGUGCUGGAAUAGUUUGUUUCUACUGUACAAUUCAACCCCCAUCCCGCGGAAGUAAUCAAACUGCGCAACUUUGCUCCAAAUUUGACGGCUCCAAUAACUACCACAUUGACUGCCCUCAUUCGACACUAUGUAUGAAACGGACAUUUCACCAUUCACUUCAAGGAGGAAAAACUAUUCAAGUGUCUGAAAGAGGAUGUGCGCCUCAGAAGAGGAAUAUACACUUUUACCAAGAUGGUAACUGGCGUAUGGAAAACAAGAUAGAAGAGGAUGUAUACAACGUGGGGUGUCAAAACGAUGAAGGACUGGGGAUGAGAUCACCUACCGAGUACUGCUACUGCGCGACCAACCUGUGCAACUCGGGUGACAAAUCACGCGACCACGCCGACACCAUGGCUGUCAUCAUCAUCUUCAACCUACUCAAAUACAUCCAGAGUCUUCGGUAGCCCAAGAGAUUAGAGAUUUACAAAUAGCUCCCAUCAGUAUGACACUGUAUUUUAGAGCAAUGCAAAUCCACAACAUUUUCAAUAUUCUUUUACCAGAAUUUCUUAUUAUAUUUUCAUUUAGUAAUAUUUGAUGUAGGAGGAAUAGUAAAUAGAAGGUUGAUAUUGUUUUUACGUACAACUUGAGUUUUUUCAUAUAAUUUCACUUAGUCCUAAUGAAUAAAAUUUUAUACAACUUCAAACCAGCAAUUAUAAUCCUUGCUUAUUAAAAAUUUGAUUUGGAUAGUUUUCUAUGAUGAUUUUUACUAUUAAUUUAUGUUUUUCUAACCCUACAGUUUAUAUUUAGUUCCUGUAUUUUGAAUGCUACCACUAUAUUUUGCAUAUAUCGUUCUUAUUAGUUCACUUAACUUUAAUAUGAGCCCUAUCAUAUUUUCCCCUGUUUCCUUAACAAACUUAUGUGUCUUAUUACCAUGUACAGGUAUAUUUUAUUUUAAAUUUGGUAAGUAGUUUUAAUGGUAGAUAGUAAAAGUGCUUAGACCAAAUGUAAGUGACUGACAUACACUAUGGCUUCCAACAUAAAAAUAUGGCUUAAAAAGAUUGUCAUUAUUUAAAGAAUUGUAAAAAUACAUUAAUGGAAAAUAAACAUUGGGAAUAUAACGUGUAUGACAUAAUAUGUUGCUGAGGCUGUUAUACCAUUGACAAAAUUCUAUUCCAGUCUAUGAAAAGGACUUUCUUUCAGCAUUCAUUUGUGUGUGCUGUGGAUUCAUUCUAGCUUGGCAGCAAUUUUUUUUUAAGUAACAUUUAUUAAAGGGAUCAAUAGCCACUGUUUUCACUUCAAAGCACAUAUAUUUAAUAUCAUAGAUAUUAGUAGUUGGUUGUAUGAAAUUCAAUUUAAAUAUAUAUAGGGAUGGACGAGAUUGAAUUUUUAGUUCGAGACGAGACGAGACGAGAUUUUUUAUUUCUCAUACAAUUUCGAGACGAGAUCGAGACGGGAUUUCCCUUCUCAUACACAACGGGAAAUGCAUGUUCAAAAUUUUUACCUGAUUUUGUAACAUUGUUAGAUGACUGUUUAAAUACAACAAUAAUGAUAAUAGGCAAGAAUAUUUACAAUCUUUUAUUAAAAAACAUCAGCAUAACAUUUUUUUAUUAAUCACGCCUAACUUAUUAAAAAUGCCUACGAUUAGGAAACAUAGUGAUAUCAGUUAGGAUAGAGUUCAACUUAUCCAAAAAUAAAAUAAAUUAUAAAAUAAAAGCAAUAUUAAUUUUUAUAAAAUAGUUACUUGUUUUGACUUUUUAUAGUAAUAAAAUAUUCCUCACACUGCUUACACUUAACAAAACUUCUCAAAUGUUAUUAAAGUAAUAUUAUUAAAAUAAUUAGAGUAAUAUUUACAUUUAUAGAAUUAAUUAAAUAAGAACGCCUUCGCAAAGGAAACGCAACUACAACACGCUCCUGUAUUGCGGGUAUUGCAUUGACUUU